AUGUUGUGCAACGCAACCAACACCAACCCGGAGUUCUUCGGGCAAAAUAUUGUCCCUAAUACGGAUGGCAUCGACACCUACCGGAGCACCAACGUACAACUGCUAAACUGGGAUAUCACUUGCGGAGAUGAUUGCCUCGCCAUCAAGGGUAAUACGACAAACCUCCUCGCAGAUAAUAUUACUUGCCGCGGAGGGGAUGGCGUCGCAUUCGGUUCUCUAGGACAGUACUACAACUUGAUCGACAAUGUGGACAACGUCACUAUCAGUAACGUCCUAGUCACUCGCAUCAACUCUUCGAUCCAGCCUCUUAUGCACUCGGGCCUGUACAUGAAGGCGUGGACAGGUGCAAUCAACGGCGUGCCACCCGUAAACGGAGGGGGUGGAAGUGGGACCGUGUCUAAUGCUCGAUUCAUCAACUUCACCGUCGAGGACCCCGACUUCCCAACCCUGAUCGACCAGACGUACGGAGGGAACAGCACAGAUAACCCAUCUAAGAUGCAGUUCAUCAAUAUCACCUGGGAGAACUGGUCUGGUACAGCUGCGAACUCUACGGUUGUGGACCUCGAGUGCAGCUCUACCGCACCGUGCGAGAACUUGGCGUUUCUCGAGUUCAACAUUACAGUUCCGUCGGGGGAUACGCCUGACUUCGAAUGCAGCAAUUCAGUCAACGUGACGGGAAUCUCUUGUUGA